AUGAACUCACGAUAUAAACCGAGUCCCGGUCCCACCAUGUCCUUUGCAUUCUGUGGGAACGAGAAUAACUCGGUGGCCUACAACGUGGACAGGGGGGUUCUGAAUAACGGCUGUUUCCUGGAUGCGCUCAAUGUGGUGCCACAUGUCUUCCUCCUCUUCAUCACCUUCCCCAUCCUCUUCAUCGGCUGGGGCAGCCAGAGUUCAAAGGUCCACAUCCACCACAGCACCUGGCUUCACUUUCCAGGUCACAACCUGCGCUGGCUCCUCACCUUUGUCCUGCUCUUCGUCCUUGUCUGUGAGAUUGCAGAGGGCAUUGUCUCGGAUGGGUUCAGCCAAUCCCCCCAUCUUCACUUGUACAUGCCGGCAGGUCUGGCCUUCAUGGCUGGCAUCACCUCUAUUAUCUACUAUCAUAACAUUGAGACCUCCAACUUCCCCAAACUACUAUUAGCCCUGCUAAUCUACUGGGUGCUUGCCUUCACCAUGAAGACUAUCAAGUUUGCCAAGUACACUGAGCAUGGCAUCAGCCCCAGGCAGCUACGCUAUUGCAUCACCGGACUACUGGUGCUGCUGUAUGGACUCCUACUGGCUGUGGAGAUCAAUGUGAUCCUGGGAAGGCGCUAUAUGUGUUUCGCUGACCCAACAGAGGAGAAGCCUCCAGAGGAUCUCCAGGACCUGGGUGUUCGUUUCCUGCAGCCCUUCGUCAACCUUUUGUCCAAAGCCACCUACUGGUGGAUGAACACCUUCAUUACCGCCGCUCACAGGCGACCCAUCGACCUCAAGGUCAUUGGCAAACUGCCCAUCGCCAUGAGAGCCCUCACCAACUACAUAAAGCUACGGAAGGCCUUCGAAGACCAGAAGAAGCAUCAAGGCACAGCACAACAGGGCCCCAAGUUGAUCUGGCAGGCCUUGAGGAAAGCAUUUGGCAGACCUCUCAUCCUCAGCAUCACAUUCCGUUUCCUGGCCGACCUGCUGGGCUUCGCCGGCCCCCUCUGCAUUUCUGGCAUUGUCCACCACAUCAGCAAGGACAACCGCACCAUUCAGCAGCCGAUGAGUUUGCUAGGAAUCUAUUUCAUUUCCUCCAAGGAGUUUCUAGAGAAUGCAUAUGUGCUGGCUGUGCUGCUCUUCUUUGCUCUGCUCCUGCAGAGGACCUUUCUUCAGGCCUCCUACUAUGUGGCCAUUGAAACAGGCAUCAACCUGCGCGGGGCCAUACAGACAAAAAUCUACAACAAGAUCAUGCGUCUGUGCACCUCCAACAUGUCCAUGGGCGAGUUGACUGUUGCUCAGAUCUGUAACCUGGUUGCCAUAGACACCAACCAGCUCAUGUGGUUCUUUUUCCUCUGUCCUAACCUGUGGGCCAUGCCAGUACAGAUUGUUGUGGGAGUGAUCCUGCUCUACUACCUCUUGGGAAUCAGUGCCUUGAUUGGAGCGACCGUCAUCGCUGUGUUAGCUCCUGUACAAUACUUUGUGGCCACCAAGCUUUCCCAGACACAAAAGAGCACCCUGGAAUACUCCAGCGAACGACUAAAAAAGACCAACGAGCUGCUACGGGGCAUCAAGCUGCUGAAGCUGUAUGCCUGGGAACACAUUUUCUGUGACAGUGUGGAGGGGACCAGGAGCAAAGAGCUCACCAGCCUACAGGCCUUCGCUCUUUACACAUCCAUAUCCAUUUUCAUGAAUGCAGCUAUUCCAAUUGCAGCUGUAUUGACGACGUUUGUGGUUCAUGUUCACAUCUCUGAGGACGCUGAUCUUUCUCCAGCUGUGGCCUUUGCCUCUCUGUCCCUCUUUCACAUCCUGGUCACCCCCCUCUUUCUGCUCUCCAGCGUGGUGCGCUCCACCGUAAAGGCUCUUGUUAGUGUUCAGAAGCUCAGUGAGUUUUUCUCAAGUGAUGAGAUUGGAGAAGAACAAGAGCCCAGAGUGAUGUCAACCUCUGGCUCCAGCAAUCACAACCAAAAUAGAUACCAGGCUGUGUCAUCCUCUAAACAUCUCCCUUCAUCCUCCUCCUCCUCCUCUUUGUCUCGACACCCCCAGCCCCUGAAGGUGGUGAACCGGAAGCGCACACCGAGGGACGACUGGAACAACUACAGCUCUGCAGGGGACCAUGAGGGGGACGGACCCUACCAGGACGUGGACCAAGACAUCUGUAUCAAGAUAACUAGCGGUUAUUUCACCUGGACCGAUGGAACACCAACACUUUCUAACGUGGACAUCAAGAUUCCUUUUGGUAAGCUGACUAUGAUUGUGGGCCAGGUGGGUUGUGGAAAAUCGUCCCUGUUGCUGGCAGCGCUGGGAGAGAUGCAGAGAGUAUCAGGAGCAGUCACCUGGAACAGCAUGCCAAUACUGAGGGAGUCUGAGGGAGAUGAAAGUCCCACUGAAAGAGAUGCAGCAGGUGAUGGAGAAAUCAGAAAGAGAGGUGCUGUGGCCUACGCUUCCCAGAAGCCCUGGCUUUUGAAUGCGACACUGGUGGAGAACAUCACCUUUGAGAUGCCCAUGAUCAAACCGAGGUACAAUGCUGUCAUAGAUGCCUGCUCUCUUCAGCCCGACAUCGACAUCCUUCCACAGGGGGACCUGACAGAGAUCGGUGAGCGGGGUAUCAUCCUGUCAGGGGGACAGAAACAGCGUAUCAGCGUAGCCAGAGCCUUGUACCAACAGACCCACGUGGUAUUUCUGGAUGACCCAUUCUCUGCCUUAGAUAUCCAUCUGAGUGACCAUCUGAUGCAGGAUGGCAUCCUCAAGCUUCUGAAAGAGGAGGAUAGGACGGUGGUGUUGGUCACACACAAACUUCAGUAUCUACCACACGCAGACUGGAUCAUUGCCAUGAAAGAUGGCACUAUCCAGACUGAAGGAACUCUGAAAGACAUCCAGAAUUCUGAGCCUGAACUCUUUGAGCAUUGGAAAACGCUGAUGAACAGACAGGACCAGGAUUUUGAGUCGGAGACAGAGGCAGCGAGUAUGACAGAUCUGGAGAGGAAAAACCUUCGGAGGGCCAUGUACUCCAGAGAGGCCGCCAGGACUUUAGAGGACGAGGAAGAGGAAUCCAUUGAGAGCGACGAUGACGACAGCCUGUCGCAGGUCAUGCGUCAGCGUGCCACCAUUCCCUGGCGUUCCUGUGGCACCUACCUGUCCUCCGCUGGGUUCCUCCUGCUCGCCCUGCUCCUCCUGUCUCAGCUCCUCAAACACUCCCUCAUGGUCGCCAUCGACUACUGGCUGGCACACUGGACGUCACGCGUCAUCGCAGCCAAGAUUGAAGCAACAGCUCACAACUGUACCGUCGUUCAGGGCUGUGCCUUCAGUCACUCGUGGUAUCUGUCAGUGUUCAGCGUGCUGUGCUUACUGGGCAUCGUCCUCUGUCUUGCCACCUCCGUGGCUGUGGAGUGGACAGGCCUCAAAGUGGCCAAAGAGCUGCACCACUACCUGCUCAACAAGAUCAUCCUGGCCCCCAUGAGGCUGUUUGAGACGACUCCGCUCGGCAGCAUCCUCAACAGGUUUUCCACGGACACAAACACAAUAGACCAGCACAUCCCCUGCACCCUGGAGUGCCUCUCCCGCUCCACCCUGCUGUGUGUGUCUGCUCUGGGCGUCAUCUCCUAUGUGACCCCCGUCUUUCUUUUCGCCCUCCUGCCGCUGGCCGUCACCUGCUACUUCAUGCAGAAAUACUUCCGGGUGGCCUCAAGGGACCUGCACCAGCUGGAGGAGAGCACCCAACUCCCUCUACUCUGCCACUUCUCUGAGACGGUGGAAGGUCUUACCACUAUAAGGGCCCUCAGGUAUGAGCCCAGGUUCAGACAGAGGUUACUGCAGUUCACUGACGCCAACAACAUCGCUUCUCUCUUCCUCACAGCAGCCAACCGUUGGCUGGAAGUCCGAAUGGAGUAUAUUGGAGCCUGUGUUGUGUUGGUGGCAGCUGUAGCCUCCAUCAGUAACUCUCUCUACAACCAGCUGUCCCCCGGUCUAGUGGGGCUGGGACUGACAUAUGCACUCAUGGUAUCCAACUACAUGAACUGGAUGGUGCGUAACCUGGCAGAUAUGGAAGUACAGCUUGGCUCAGUCAAGAGAAUUAACAGCCUGCUCAAAACUGAACCGGAGAAUUAUGAGGGACUGCUCACUGUGUCUCAGGUCCCUGACAGCUGGCCCCAAGAGGGAGAGAUCAAGAUCCAAAAUUUGAGUGUCCGAUACGACGCAACGCUGAAGCCGGUGCUCAAAAAUGUCAACGCAAACAUUAACCCCGGGCAGAAGGUGGGAAUCUGUGGCAGGACAGGCAGUGGCAAAUCCUCUUUCUCCUUGGCCUUCUUCCGCAUGGUGGACACGUUUGAGGGGAGGAUUGUAAUCGAUGGCAUUGACAUCGCCAAGCUGCCUCUGCAGACGCUCAGGUCUCGCUUGUCCAUCAUCCUUCAAGACCCCUUCCUGUUCAGCGGUGCAAUCCGGUUCAACCUGGACCCAGAGAUGAAGGCUACAGAUGAGAUGCUAUGGGAAGCUCUGGAGAUCGCUCAGCUGAAGCCUGUUGUUAAAUCCCUCCCAGGAGGCCUGGAUGCCAUGGUUACAGAGGGAGGAGAAAAUUUCAGUCAGGGUCAGAGACAACUGUUCUGUCUGGCCAGAGCCUUCGUCAGGAAGAGCAGCAUCCUUAUCAUGGACGAAGCCACUGCGUCCAUAGACAUGGCAACGGAGAGCAUCCUGCAGAAAGUGGUGAUGACUGCUUUUGCGGACCGAACAGUAGUAACUAUAGCACAUCGCGUCCACACUAUCCUGAAUGCCGACCUAGUGAUUGUGAUGAAGCGGGGGAUCAUCCUGGAGUACGACAGGCCCCAGGCCCUGCUGGACAAAGAGGACAGCGUCUUCACCUCCUUUGUGCGAGCAGACAAGUAG